AUGGCCGACCGUGAUGCGGGAGGCAUGUCGUCCAUACACCCCUAUUACCCCCUGGGUAUUCCCAUCCCGCACUACGCCGCGAACGAGACGCCCCUCCCUCGAGUCCUGGUCCCCUUUGUCGCCGUCCUGCUUCUGCCCAUACCGAUCGCUUUUGUGACGUCGCGACUGAUCAAGCCUUCCCUCGGAGGCCUCGACCGCUUCGCCGUGUGCUGGUUUGCCCUCGGCGCGUUUCUGCAUUGCUGCUUUGAAGGCUACUUUGUCUGGAACCAUGCGACGUUGGCAGGUCUCCAGACGCUCUUCGCCCAGGCGUGGAAGGAAUACGCCCUCUCCGACUCGCGCUACCUGACGUCCGACCCGUUUGUGGUCUGCGUCGAGGCUCUCAGCGUUGUGCGUCUCUUCUGCCCCUCCUCCGUUCUAUCUGUCACCUCCACGAGGCCGGCAGGUACCCAACCUUUUGGCCCUCUGGGGGCCAAACGAGCGACGACGAUGCAGAUUCGUCUCCCGUGA